GUCACUUAUAGCGCGAUUAUAUAUUGUCUCCGCUGUCUUGUGGAUGAGGAUAUUCCAUUAAAUCAAGGUUGUCUCACACCAAUAGAUAUUAGAAUUCCUCCAAAUUCUAUAUUAAACCCGUCCGACCGUGCAGCAGUUGUUGGUGGCAAUGUGCUAACUUCACAACGUCUUGUUGAUGUUAUUCUCAAAGCGUUUCAAGCAUGUGCAGCAAGCCAAGGAGAUUGUAAUAAUCUAACAUUUGGAAAAGAUGGGAAAAUAAUAGAUGGAAAAAUGAUUGAGGGAUGGGGAUAUUACGAAACCAUUGCUGGAGGUAGUGGCGCUGGUGAGACUUGGGAUGGUCAAUCUGGUGUGCAUGUGCAUAUGACAAACACAAGGAUAACAGAUCCAGAAAUAUUAGAACGAAGAUUGGAUCAUGCGGUUAUGUUACGUGAAUUCUCACUUCGCAGAG